AUGGAAAUGCAAAUGGAGCAAUGGGGUUCGUCAGAGGUGGAGGCGUCGAGGCCUGAGCGAUCGCCGGAGGAAAGCGUCGGCGUCAACGGAAGAAGGAGACGUGAUUGCCAGAGGAAAGCGUUGGUGUCGACAGCAGAGGAAGGAGACGGCGAUGGAAGCAGAAUCGGUGGAAUUCAAAAGAAGCGAUGUGAUUCCUCUCUUCGUGUUCGUUCUUUCUCGUCGAUCGUCGGUGAUCUACUGCUUCAGGAAAGGAAAGUAGGUUGUUAG